CAGCAAGCGCUUAGUAUAGCGUAGAAAGCGCGUACAUGUGUUUGUAACAAAUAUGUGCUAUUAAUAUGCUAUUUUAUUAAAUAACGGUUAAAUGUAAUGCAGCAGCGGGUUCUGCUUUACACACAUACUGAAAGAUUUGUUUUUCAUAUUUUACUUGUUUACACGCUCUAAGCAGCCGACAAUUUGCGUUAAUUCAUUUUAUCAGCAGCAGCGCUAUCAUAUUCGCACUGCCGUUAUCCUGCGCAUGUAACAUUAGUGUUUUAACCGUUAAACGGAUUAAACGGCACAAUCAGUUGGCCAUUUGACUUCAUUUGCAACGGUAACGCGUUAACGAGAGGAAGUUCAAAAAUUUAAUAAAUAAAAAAUUUAAUAAAUAUGAAAUUAAAUACUUGUUAGCAAAAAACUAACGUAAAGAUUUUAAAUAAAAAAUAUAUAAAAAAAUAUUGACAAGAAAAAAAUGUAUAGGCAAAUGAUUUUUUAUAAAAACUAAAAUACACAAAUUUAAAUGUGUUCAUAAUUUAAAGUGUUACAAUAAACACACUUUUAAUAAACGCUGUGAAAUAUUUCAAAAUUAGCUCAAGUGAAUACAAUUUAUAUUUAAAUACAAAAACUGAAAAAAAAAAUUUUUUUUCAAAUUAAAUUUGGUAUAUAAAAAUUGUUUAACCGCAUUUAGACUACAAAAUGCAUCACCCGAGCUCUAAAUCGUUUUUAAUACGAGAUCUGUUGGGAGAUUUAAUAAACCGACCGCCGCCGGACAGCGAUUCCGAUUUGUCCGAUGAGAACUCAGAAAUCGAUAUCGAGGAUCGUUCCUCACCUGAUUCGGAUAUGCUGCACAGUCAUCACUAUGGGACAGCGGCCGGUGGCAGCACAACGCAACUACACUUUAUGGUCAACGAGUCCAGCGUAGAGUCGAAUCAGCAUUCUCCAAAUGGCGAUGAGCGCGGCGCUAAUCGCAAUACGAACAAUAACACGAACAGCAAUGCGACAUCAAACACUAACAAUCAGUUGGAUAUGCAAGCAGCACACAUGCAAACACAUGGUUUUGGCGGAAGUGGUAUUGGCGGCAGUGAUCAUAUGCAUCACAGCAAGCUGGGCUUAAAUUUGAAUAAGAGUGGACGCAAGCCGCGUCGAAGACGCACGGCCUUCACACAUGCGCAACUCGCCUAUCUCGAACGCAAAUUUCGUUGUCAGAAAUAUUUAUCUGUGGCCGAUCGCAGCGAUGUGGCAGAGACGCUCAACUUGUCGGAAACGCAAGUGAAAACUUGGUAUCAGAAUAGACGCACGAAGUGGAAGCGCCAAAAUCAGUUGCGUCUCGAACAGCUGCGUCACCAGGCGACGUUAGAGAAAGAGUUCGUUAGCGAUGGCACUACUGGCGCAACGCUGGGCUGUUGCCCAACGGGCUUAUCGACGUUUAGCCCAACGAAUCCAUGCAAUUUUCUUACUUCUGCCGCAGCGGCGGCGAUCUUUCGUAAUGUGAGUUACGUGCAUGGCUGUCCGCUGUAAGGCAGGCGGCGCAAUUAGUGAAAUUCUAAUUUAGCUAAGCGAAUUUUUAGUAUGUUUGUGUUUUUGCUUUAAUUUUAUUGUAAAUAAAACUUUAAGUUGCUUUGCAAUGAACCAAAA